AUGUCAUCAAACUUGGCUACAGCACAUUUUCUUCAAGAAAUGGCUUAUCCGCCUUAUUGCAUUCAACCUCUGAAAUCAUGGGGUAUGGUGGCUGUGGGUGGUGGCGGUGGCACAGCCAAAACUGGUGUCGCUAAUGCUGUAGAUUUGAAAUGGAUUUAUUUGAAUCAAUCGUCGGAUCCGACUAAUAAUCGAUGUUCCGUACAAAAUGUUAACAGUUUUACUCAGCACGAUAGUGUCAUGAGGAUGGUUUCUUUACGAAAGCAACACGAGUACCUUAUCUUAGCAUUGAAUCGACAAUUAAAAGUAAUUAUGCUCAAGCCCUCGGAACGAGACAUGGAUAACGGGCUAGCAAUGAGUGUACCACCACCGCCUAUGGCCAAUGCUCAAGAUACAGCGCAAACUAUACCAACACAGCGAACUGUACGUCGACGACAUAAUUCGUCAUCAUCAACAGCACCGAUCGAUCCGCUCAAUUUGCAACAUCGUCCAUCGCUUGUACUGCAUCGAAACGGCCAAGCAACUGUCGAAGCUGUCGGCAAUGAAACAACUCUUGUUACAUCGCCAACCACUCGUUCCGUUUCGUUUAGCUUUCCACCAGCUACACCAACAUCAACGGGAACGACAUCAACUCUAUUAAAUAAUAUCUACACAGUGCCUAUUCCCGAUCAGCAAUAUGUGAACGCAUUAGUUGUUUGUCCAGUUACACAAUCGAAACUAUUUGUCGGCGCUAGUGAUGGAUCAUUAACAAUCUAUGAGAUUAUCUGGCCGGCUGCUUCGUCAGCAGAUCGUUUGAUCCAAUUGAAUCUACUGACAUCAUUCACAGCACACACGAAAGAAAUCGACGAUUUAGCUGUUGAUCCUUUUGGUAACUGGCUGAUUAGUGUAUCCCGUGAUCUUCUCGUACAAAUUCGUCAAUGUUCACCACCAUUCGAUAAGCAUUGUGAUCUUGAUUUGAAUCAAUUUGGUGUGAGCAAAACGACCACAGCAGUCAAACCAUUAUAUCGUAUUCGUCACGUUCGUUUUGGCAUUUCACCAUCAUCUUCAUCGUCGAAUGCGUCUUAUUACCUCUAUACAAGCCUCAUUCCACAAAGUGUAGCUGAUAAAUUAGUUAGUUACGUUGUUCAAUGGACAGAAAAUAAGAAACAUCAAUUUGUUGUUCGACAACGUCGCGCAGUUUCACUCGAUCGAAUAUCAGCUCUAGCUGUGAGUAACUGUGGUCAAUAUGUUUCCGUUGGUGAUUCCGGUGGUUGUGUACGAAUCUAUGAAACCGAUCGAUUAAAAAUGUUGUACGAACAUCGUGCACAUUCGAUAUUCGUUACUGAUUUAGCCUUCAUGUUACGAGAAGAAAACUAUCUCUAUGAAACAAGCGUUCUAAGUAUAAGUGCGGAUAAAAAUCUCUAUGUACAUAAUGUGAUCAAAUGUGUUAUUGAAACUCCUGAGGUCAUUGAAUUUUUUGCCAAAAGACAGCCAGUUCAAUUAUGGAAUCGUUUAGCUGAGUCAUCAGACGUAAAUUUAAAUGGUAUAUCGUCCGCUCCGACAGAACAAAUUAAAAAUGCUUGUAAAUUAAGUGAUUUAUAA